AUGGGCCCCCUGCGGGAGGACCGCCGGGAAGAGGGCGUCUGCCCCAUCUGCCAGGAGUGCCUGAAGGAGGCAGUGCGCACCGACUGUGGCCACCUCUUCUGCCGGGCCUGCCUGGCCCAGCACCUGGAGAAGGCCUCGGUCUCCAGAGUCCGCAGCUGCCCCCUCUGCCGGAAGCCCUGUUCCGAGGGGGUCCUGGGGGCCGGCUAUACCUGCGACAGCCACCAGAAGAAGGUGUGCUGGUUCUGUGAGGAGAGCAGACGUCUUCUGUGCAUGGAAUGCCGAGUGACCCCUGAACACAAGUCUCACCGUGAACUGUCCAUUGAAAAUGCCAUCAGCCACUACAAGGAACGACUCAACCGCAGGAUCAGGAAGCUCAGAAAGGACAUCUGUGAACUCCAGCGACUCAGAACUCAGGAGGAGGAGAGACUGCAGGCGAUGAAGUUUCAGGCAGACCAUGGGACCCGCAGGCUGGAGGCUGAGCUGGAGCAGCAACCCCAAACCAGAAGACAGCAGGAUGCCCCUGCUCAGUGGUGGCCAGACCAGCGGCAGGGUGCGUCAGCAGAGCUGUCCAGAAUGCCUGGCAUCUCCAGGGCAUUACUCCACCUCAGCAGCCUGGUCACUGAUCUGGAGGGGAUGGCCAAGAAACUGGACACCAGCUUGCUGAAGGAUGCUAGUGACCUAUUGAACAGGAGCGCUCCAGAGCAAUUAGAGGCUAUUUAUCCCAACUUAGAGAAAAGAAUCAACGAAUCACUUGUCCAGCCAUCCUCAGCGGCUCUGACCUCUUCAUCCCUGGGCCAUCUCAUCUCAGACUCACCUCACCCUCCUGGCUCUCCUUCCCCCAACCUGUCCAGCCUCCCAUUAGGUCUGCCCAGUGGCCCCUCAGACCUGCCAUCUCCUGAACAUGACCUCCAUUCCUCGUCGCUAGAGCUGCGACCUGAUGCCUGACCCUCGGACCCCUGGACAAUAGUCACAGCCUCUCUCCUGAACCAGGCUUGUACUCUGGCUCCCACUGUAGCGGUCAGGAUCCAAGACCUCUGUUUUCCUGUGAACUGAUGGUAGCAUCCAUCUCUCACCAUCUCAUAUUGAAACGGGAGCAUCCAGAUGUCUGGAUGGUACGAGCUCACAAUGGUGAGGCCACCUCUGCAUGUGGAGCCCGCGCAUCUGUUGGAAGAAACAUUCCUUCUGAGCUCCUGUAACACCUGAUGUCUGCACCACUCACCUGGCACUUUGAUUGUUUUUGUGAUGGACAGACUCUACAGUGACCUCUCAUGACUCUCCCUUCAUGGUGUUCAUACCCUUGUGUGAUCCCUUCUCCCUGAGUGUGAGCAGAACCUGUGACUUGCUUCUAAUCAACAGAAUAUGGCAAAGGGGAUGGGCUGGCACUUCACGGACUGCCUUACACAAAUGGGAUGCCUCCUUGUUAACAUGCUCACUCUUGAGAUUCUCAUUGCUGAAUUGAUGAUGUGAGUGACUCUGCGGCCAGGAGGCAGCCUCCAGGAGCUGAGAGCAGCCUCCAGCCUUCAGCCAACAGGAAGCAGAGGCCCUCAGUCUUGGCAGCUGCAAGAAAAUUAAUUCUGCCAACUGCCUAAAUGAACUUGGUUAUGGAUUUUUCUCCAGUCGAGCCUCCAGAGGAGAACCCAGCCCAGCUGACACCUUGAUUGCAGCCUCAUGAGACCCCAAGCAGAGAACCCAAACUUCUGAUCCACAGAAACUGUGAGG